CAACUCUGUGAUUUUUUUGUGGUUUGGGCAACAGCCACAUUCUACAAACUGAGGAAUUACUUGUUCCUUUAUGUCUGGCACCACAGCAUUUUCAGGAAUUCCCACAGCUCUUCUUCCAGUUAAAAUCAAUUGAUAAAAUGUAAAUACAUUCAUGCUUCUUUGUGCUUACUUUUUCUGUUUGGAAUAAAACUCAAGAUAACACAGCUGCACUGGUUUCUGGAUCUCAAGUAAACAAUCCAAUUUAAACAGGAAAAUAUUAACCUUAAUUUAUUUUUGUCAAUUGUAGAAGAUGUGGAAAUAAAAAGGCUUAAAGAAAUCUACAAAAGUUCCCCAUUUGUGUUGCCAGUUAAGAGGGGAUUCCUUCUUUGAAUGAAUAGUUCCUCCUUCAGUUCUAUUGUAAGCCAUCCAGAAUCCUUUCAAAGCCAUUUCUGCCCAGUUUGUGUGACCUACAGCAUCCAACAACAUACGGUUUGAUGUGAAUUAUGGAAGCUGCUGUGACAUCAUCAGAUGAACAUCCAUGGUGGGGCGAUCUUGUAGAUGAUUUACCUGAUUACUAUGGCAACGAUUCGUUUUAUGAAGACAACAGUUAUGAGGAUGCUGAUGUUUGCGACCUGACCAAGAGUAUGGAUUUUGAGGCGGUGUUCAUCCCAGUCCUGUACUCAGUGGUGUUUGUAGUUGGAAUCCUGGGAAAUGGAUUGUUGAUAGCCGUGCUAAUGAAGAACAGGAAGACCUGGAGCGUGACAGACACCUUCAUCCUCCACCUGGCUUUGGCGGAUGUCCUGCUGCUGCUGCUGCUGCCGCUCUGGGCUGCACAGUCUGCUAGUCUGGCUGGAUGGCCCUUUGGUACCCCGCUCUGCAAGAUCACUGGAGCCAUGUUUACAGUCAGCUUGUAUUGUGGGAUUUUCCUCCUUGCCUGCAUCAGCGUGGACCGCUACCUUUUCAUCGUCCAUUCUACCAAGAUGUACACUCGCAGGAAGCCCUGGGUGGUGCAAGCCAGCUGCUUGGUGGUGUGGUUAGUCUCCCUGAUCCUCUCCAUCCCUGACUGGUACUUUUUAGAAGCCGUGGAAGACGUGAGACGAAGCAGAACAGAGUGUGUUCAUAACUACUUUAAGAUUAAUCCAGAAUAUUUCUAUAUCUUGAGAAUGGCAGCCCGGUGGCUGUACCACACUUUGGGCUUCCUGCUUCCUUCAUUUGUUUUGGUCUUUUGCUACUCCUGCAUCCUGUUGCAACUGGGGUGUGGCACCAAAGGCCUUCGAAAGCAGAGAGCUUUCAAAGUCAUAGUAGCUGUGGUGUCUGUUUUCUUUCUCUGCUGGACUCCACUUAAUAUCACACUCAUUGUGGACACAAUUCACCAAAACAACGACAGUGGAACAGCAUGUGGAACAAGAACAUCUCUGCAGAUAGCUCGACUGGUGACUGAGAGUUUGGGAUAUCUUCACUGCAGCCUCAAUCCUAUCCUGUACGCCUUCGUAGGGCUGAAGUUUCAACAUCAGCUGCUGAAUAUCCUGAGGUCUAUGGGCUGCAAACUGAAGACAAGUUUAAAAUCUGAAUCUUCCUUUUGGUCUCAGUCAGCUGACGCCUCAAACUCCAUUGAAAUCUGAAAGACUACAUUGAGCAGCUUCAAUGUACUCAUCAUCAGAGGCAUAAAUAUAAUAAGUUUCACCAUUUUUGUCUAAAGGAAUAGCCAAAUAUCCAUACAUAAAUAUCGCAAAAGGUUGUGGAGAGAUAAAUAAUGUAAUUUCUCUUAAACUUGCAAAGUAAUGUUCAUCUAAAUACAUACAUGCAUUUUUGCUCAGUCAUUUCAAACCUCCUGUUUUCCUUUCAUUAUGUAGAAAAAUUAAUUGGUUGCAAACACAUGUACGUAUUUUUCAUUUCUUCCAAUGUUAUUUCUUUUGCAGUUUACAUAUCUACACUUUGUCUUUUAUGUUGCAAAGGCUUGAAAACCAAAGUCAAAAUUCUUGUUUGUUAAUACAAACGAGGUGAACAGAAGUGAUUCUGAUUCUAAUUUUCUAUUCCUAAAAUGUUACAAACAAGACACAUCUGCCCCGAAAAUGGUUUCGCGAGGAAAACUGAAUCUCUCUCUGCUGAUGCAGGCUGCACAAAUUAAAACAAGGGAUUUCACUUUGAGAUUUAAGAGAUAUGCAGAUUCCUCUCUCAUAUGAUGCAAGACAGAUAUAAGACCAAUGACAAAUUGUUUCAAGCAGAAAUCAAAUCACACUGAACCAGAUACUUUUUUUUUAUCACAGUUUCUGUUUGUGGUGAAUAAAUUCCUUCUGUUAUAUUUUGUAAGCAGAUGAGAUAAUAAUGAAAAAAAAAUUACAUUUAUUAUACAGUUUUGUUUGAUAGCACUAGUACUUCAAAGACAAAAUUAUUUUUUAUUUUUAAACAAACAGCUCUUGUGAAUCAUUUAUAGAUUACAAUAUGUAGUGUUAGUUUUAUAAUGUUUCUUUUUGCACAGUCUAAAGUAAGUAAAUUGUGAAAUGUGGAUAUAAGCUAGCCUGUUUUUCUGAAUGCAGAAAGAAAAAUGUUUUCAAGGAGAGAAACUUUGGCUCAGUUGCAGGGUGAAGAUGAUGGAUUUUUUUUUUUAAUCGGUUUCAGAUAUAUGCGGUUGUUUGGAUCAUUCUUAAUUCAUUCCACAUUUUUUCAUCUGGAGUUGAAUCCAGACUGCAAGAGAGAGAGCACAACCAGCACUAGUUUUUAAGAAAAACACAGUUUGAAUAUGUUUUAUUAUGCAUGUCUACCUACACAUUUAGAAUCAUCCACAAACAUUUUAUCUAACUGUUUAUUUUAGAGUUAUUUAGUAAUAAAUGUAUGCGUGAGAAUAUUACACUUCAAGUAUGUAUUUUGUUUUGAAAAAGUUGAAAAAAAAACAUAUUAAAAUUAUAUAUUCAUUUAAAAGAACAUUCAUGUUUCAUAUUUCCCCUGAUUUUGUGUUUUUUGCGUUCAGUGAAAGUGAAGAUGGUUAAUUUGAUAUCAGAGAUAUGGAAGAUUUACACUGCUUUGUUUUUUUUUAUCUCUUUUUUUGAAUAAGAAAUAUUUACUCUGGACAUUUUUGUUUUCUAAAAUGUGUCAUUUGCAAAACCUUUUCCUAUUUUUGCUCAAAAUUGCAUAAAUCAGUUAUUUUUUAAGUACUGUAAGUGAAAUGUGAGAAAAUCAAAAUUUCAAAAGCUGUGUAGUUUUGUUGGGUUUUGAUAUCAGAGACUCUGAACAUAUGAAUAUGUGCAUGUUUGAAAGGAUUUUAACAGAUUUCUAAGAGAUCUGCAGUUGGAAGAAAACUCAAUCGAAGCCCAACAUGCUGCCGUUUCUGAAGAAAUCAUAAAAACCUCUUUUGAAGGAAACUGAAACAAAGUGGAAAAAAACCAAAGCACAUCCUCAACCUCAAGUUUCCGUUAAAAUGUUAAGAAAAGUGAAGAAAAGUUUCUCUGAGAAUGAACCUUAAAAACACGCCCACUGUCAGUCUCUUAUUAUAUAACCAUUUACAUGAAAAUGAAACCUCCUUUUACAACUGAUCGGGGGUGGGGGGAGAAUUACAAUUAACAAUCCUAGAAACUAUUAUUCCAAGUUUAAAAACUUAAUUCCUGAUAUACACAAAUCUUUCUAACAUUUUUAUGUCUCAUAAAGAAUGUAACCCCCCCUCCCCAACACACACAGACAAUUACUUCAGUUAUAAUUUAAGAGUGGUCAGUGUCUUUGCCCAUAUUUGAAACAUUAAUUUUGAAGUAUGCAACAAAGUUGGUCUCAAAUAAAAGAGCUGUCUUGACUUAAAACCGUCUUGUCUGGCUGUCCAACAACUAAUGGUUAAAUAAAUAUUAGAGAAAAUUCAACCAUUUUCUAAUAUUUAUGUAUUUAUAUUUAAUUACUUAUAUAUAUUCUGAGGCAACAGUUUUGGUAACCAGGUAGAAAAGUUUUUUUUGACAGAUUGACAACUGUAUAGAUUUGCAAACACCAUGAGAAAAAGUGAUAGAUCAAUGACUUACAGCUUCCUAGUGUUGUAAGUCCCUCCCACACUCAGCUCCUCCAGACUAGCGGCAGCAGCAAUUAGAAAACACCUGAUGUAAAUGUGUGUCUUCUGAACUCAUCAUAUGAGUUACUGUUCAAAGCUGUAAACAGCAUGAUGGAGAAACAUUGUUGUGAUGACGUGCUGAAUGCAGUGUCAGAGGCUAAACAGAGGCUAAUUUCAAAGCGUCAAAUUGUGAAAUCUAAUUACUUUUAAGUUAUGUUCGACAUUGAGUUAUACAUCAUUUUUUAUAGCAACUGAAGGUAAAAUAGUUACUUGUUUGUGCUAUACAAAGAAACUGUGUAUGGAAAAAUACAUAAUUUAAGAAUGUACACUCAAUCCAAACACACUUUUUAAUCACAAAGUGUUUAAAACACACUUUAUGAUCUGUAAAGUCUUAAUAGAAUAUUAGGUUUCUCUAAAACUAAUUCUAAAAUAAUCUCAUGAGCUUUAUGUAAUGCUAUUUUGACUUAAACAUGUGACUUAAAAAUUGUAUGGGGAAACUGAGUGCCUCACAUGUCUGUCAGACUGUAAGAGUAAAUUUGAGAAAUAAUCUACUUCUUAACAUUUACCCACAGCAGUCUAAGACAUGUUUAAACACCUCCAAAACUUCUGUGUAACUUCUUUCUGUGGACAGUGUCAAUGGUUUGAGAACACUACACAUAAAAACAUCUUAGUUGAAUUAUUCAUGUUGCCCAGUGCACUGUUGACAUGUAAAGACAUAUUCUGUUUCAAUAAUUAUUUAAUCCAUUGAUUUUCUGUCUCACUCUGCAGAUCAGCUUGAGCUAAUGGACGGAUAACAUCACAUGAUGCUUAGUGCCACUAAUAAUACAUGAUUGCUGUUCAACUUAUAAGGGGAUAUCAAGGGAAAAAAACUCCAGGAGGAAGCAGCUAUAAAAUUAUUGUACAUGGAAAACAGCAGGAAGAUCAGGUUAUCUAUGGACAUGUUAAUGUGGAGAUCACACUGUCUGAAGAUGGCAGACGUCCUGACUUUCAUACCUUUUGGUUCAAGUUUAAGUGUUUUUCCAUUCAUGUGACUUUGUCUUCUUAAUGUCAAUAAAAUCUGAAAUGUAUUUUCUAGCAUGCAUAGAAAAAGAAAAGUAAAACAAAAAAAGUCUUUUGUGGUGAUUUCCUAUUUGAGCCUGAU